UUGUCGGUACACAGAAUGAUAGUGGACUUUCCGGAAGCUCUUAAUACGUUGAACCACAACGCACAGGGGACGCCACAAAAGGACGCGGCACACUGUAUGCACAGUACAUUCACAAGGCUCCAUGUCUUGGAUUCAACUUACAGUUACGUAACUAUAGAAGUUUAUGGAGUAUUGAUAAAGACUCGGAGGAUUGUCUGUUAGCCUUACUUCGGCGAAACUAACCGCACAGAACCUCCUCUACACACGUUGGGCUCACCCCUAUUCGGUGGACGUUUUCAACUGGCGUUUUAGAACCAUUAAUCUACAGUGGACGUCACGCGUCAGUUGGUGUUUUUUCUGGGUGAGGAGUCACUCAGACCAAGGACGUUAUAUCAGACCUUGCUCAGACAGACACGUAGACCUGCUCCAAAAUGGCGGAACUCGGAAACCAGAGGUCGAAGAGGGUUAUCACAGGUGUGAGUCUCCUGGGAAUAGAGAAGCGCUACGUGCCGAACAAACACUACUUGUACAUCCUGUCUGUGAAGUGGUCCGAGGGAAGUGAAUUCAUCAUUUACAGACGAUCCAGCGCGUUCUUCCAGCUUCACGAAAAACUUACCGAGUUGUUCCCAAUAGAGACGGGAGUAGUCAGCAAGAAGGACCAGAAAAUUCCUGCGCUUCCAAAGCAAAGAUGGUUUGGGAACGAGAAGUUCAAGGUGGCAGAACGAAGGCAGACGACAAUAGACGAAUAUUGCCGAAAAGUUGCGAUGGCCGAGCCGAAGAUUUCCGAACACGAGGAAGUGCUGUCCUUCUUCAAGACGUUGCCCGUAGACCUGAACCCUCCACCUCCUGACCCGGAGAUGCCGAACAAGACGUACCUGACAUUCGAGUCGAAAAAAAAGCAAGACAACGGGAAGAAGGAGAAGACAGGCUGGUGGUUGGUCCAAGUGGACGAGAAACAAGGCUGGUGCCCCGCCUCCUACCUGGAACCUCUAGACCAACCAGAGGAGAGAGACGAGGAACGCCCCAACUGGGAAGGUGAAGAGUUCCUGACAACCGAACAGUACGAGGCACAGAUAGAUGAUGAGAUCUCUUUUGAUAACGGCGUGGUUGUUCACGUGAUCCAUAAGCUCUUGGACGGUUGGUGGAUUGUGCGGUAUAAUGACAAAGUCGGUUACGCCCCUUGCGCCUACCUACAGAAGUACAGCAACCCCCACCUACCCCUUCACAAGGCCCGCGCAAGGAUAGACAGCGACACAAGUACAGGUUCCUUCAUCAAGAAGCUGCCUCCAAGAAGGUCUACCAUCCGCAAGAAGACCUCAGCCCACAAAAAUGCACAAAAGCAACGUGAUCUACAGAUGUACAGGCGCAAGACUCUCGAAGCUUCAAGACGAACCAAGCUCGGAGCCUCCAAGGGAAGCUCGGGACUCGAGGCGGCAAGAGAGAAUUACAAAAGGCUGAGUCAUCUUGCAGAGGUAGAAGAGGCUGAGAACGCAGAGCCUUAUAUGGACAUGGCGGGAAUUCCUGCGGCAACCAACACCGACGCGGAGGGAUAUCUCCUCCCUAACGACAGUGCGAAGUCUUCCGGGCAUGCCUACGUGAAUGAAAGUGUGAUUGAAGAAAUUUCCGACAGAAAAUCCAACGCUUCAAGCAGCACAAGCUCAGCAGAAGCUACAGAAUCGCGCCACGCUUACGUCAACGACGACGUCUUGGCGCAGAGAACCGCCAGCUCGGGUAACGUGUACGUGAACGAAGAGAGUCUGACACAAGCUCACGGAGCUAAGAGUGACAGCCCCGCAGACGACGUUUGGACGCCAGCUUUCGUGUCCCCGAACACUAUCAAAGCAGGAAAGAAGACGAACAAUGACCCACCUAACGCGUCCGUAUGGACGCCAGCCUUUGUGGAUGAAGAGAAGAGCAAGAAAAAAUUCCCAACGAACCCAGAUUACAUCAACAGCAACACUGUUGCAUCCGCAAUAGGGAAAACAAAAGUUCAAAACACGCAGUUUAUGAAUCUCGGAUACGUCCCUGAUGCCCCUGUCCCAUUAGACUCCUGGAACCCAACCGGACCGAACUUGAACAACAACAGCACUCCGUCAGAUCCUGCAUACAAAAACAUCGAUGUGCCCAAUAAUCUUGCGGUAACAACGCGGCCACAGCCCGUGCCAAGCCCCAGAACUCGCCACCGCACCCCAGUCCCCGCGCCUAGAGGUACAACCCCAACCCUACUGCGACCAGAGGGAAGCAACAGUGAUAGCUCCGGCAGCAACAGCCCCAAGAGCGGUCGCUCCACGCCUAAGAGCGGUCGCUCCAGCCCAAGAAGUGGUCGUCUGAGUCCCAGCAUCCCUGCUAGACCAACGGCAGCAGAAAUAGCAGCAAAGUGCAGCCCGCAAACCAAAUUCAAGAUCCUGGAAGCUCAACAAGCGGACACCUGCGUCGUCAACAACACCAAAGAGCGGGACCAAGACCAGAAGGAGUGCCCGGUCUCGCCCUCUUCGCCAGAACGGUCGCCCGAGCAACCAGAUGCGGCCGUCAUCGACCAAAUCACGGCCAUGAUCGGCAAGUCCAGCCCCGCUAGUCAGAGAAGGAACUAUAAGGAAACCGCAGAGAUGGAAGAAAACAGGAAGAGCAAUGUGUCUGUUGUCGUCAGUUAUGAAGAAGAAGAAGGUACCAAGGAAACAGAAAAGUCUGGAGAUGAGAGGAGAACGUCAAUCCGAAUUAUUGAGUAUGAUGGACCAGCCACUAUGGUCUAGGGACAUCUUUUUUGGCUAGAUAGAUACGAGAUUAGUUGUAUGGAUUUCUACCCAGAGAUAAGAUUAAAAGGUGCACAACAAUUGCCAUCAAAUUUCAGAUCAUUGCGAUCAUUACUUUGCAGGCAAUACCCGGUAACGUUGAGUAGGGCUUAUGCACCUGUGCCCGUAAGGAAUGUAGCCCUGGUCGGGCUCCGAUACCACAGAUUUGUCCCGGUGGACUGGCGGAUACAGGGGGGUACCCAUCGGUGCCCCCCAUGCAUGGGUAGGUCACGGUGCUGUUUGUUACUGGGUCCCGGGUUCAUUUUAAGUCCGACUAAAAAAAAGGACAGUUGAGCUACGACAUGAGGUGUAAGGGUCAAGUUGCUCCGCUGAAGGUCAGAUACCCACUUCGUUUUAGUAGAAGUACCAAGGGAACUCUCAUCAAAGAUUUUCAGAAUGUCUUCAUACAUUGCUUGACACGAGGAACACUACCCACAUAGCUCUGAUCACAGUUUACCCGUUUCUUUUCGCCACUUUUCCUACUGAUUUUUAAAAGGACGUCAACUGCAAAGUAAUAACCACGUACAAUGACUUAUUUGAAUGGAUAUUGAUAUAUAAAAGGAUUCAUACUCUUGUGCGCUCCAACACUUGGGUUCCUUUACAUGCAUUAAAUGUGUCCAGGAAGUUUACCUUUGCUGUAAAUAUUUUAUUGGUGUUCCUCCAAUUACCAAGAGCACUGUAUGGACGUUCAGAAUUGUCAUACUUUUGACUGGCUGCUGUAUUAUUGUUAGACUACGACAUUAUGUAUAAGAAUUUAAUGAUACAGUUGAUACAGUUAGAAAACUGCGUGCACGCUGUGAAAAGAUCCAAACCAUAACCUAGAAUAGUAUCUAAUGUUUGCUAGAUACAGUGUUGGAAUAGCUUUUUCUAAAUACACAAAAUGAGGAUUGUAAUAUUCUACCACCGGUUCUGAGUGUGAAGUCUUCUGUACACACACUAUGACGCAAGUUAUUGUGUUGUUAUGAUAUUGAUUUGUUAUGCUAGUUUAUUCUAGUGACACUGAAGAAGAGUGAUAGAUGUCAAUCGAAACGUUAGUAAGUAAAUCUCUCCGAUCCAGUUGUAGAGAUUGGAUUGUCUUUAUUAAAUAUUGUUAACCAGGAUGUAUUACCUUCAUAAAAGUGUUUUGAUGUUUGUAUUUCUCUUAGCAUUCCAAAUGUACAUCUUUCAGUUUUUUUUCAAUAUAUGUAGAUGAAGCGCAUGUCUAUGAGGUAUAGUGACCUCCAAUGGGCGUUAGAAUAAAAUACAUGGAAACAACAAUAAAAUGACAUUUUGUGUGA